AGGGGGUAGAGUCAGCUUUAGGCGACUCUGUUCAUUCGAGUCCCCCAUGCAAUAACAAUCAUAAAGCCAGCAGGGAACAACUGCGACCGUACGGUACAGCUCUUUGAUACGUGUUCCGUUGUCUUAAGUUUAGCCAUGCAUAGUUAAAGACAAACGCAACAGCGGCGCGGGCCUGUUCUCACCCAUCAGCGAACGAGAGCGCUGCCAUCAUCACGCUACGAUACACAGAUGCAGUACGGUAACGCGAAGGGCCUCAUUUCCCCUCGCGCUCUUGAAAGGGCAUUAGGGGGAGAUGUAAGAGACAAAAAAAACAGAUGCUCUCCGCGUUUUAAUGCUUUCAUGUCACUGGCGUAAAUAAAGUUCCACAACCCUUUGCAUCAUCUGACUUGAAGAGGAGGAGAGCGUGUGGGGGAAGAGACUUUGUGGUUGUCGCAGCUGCGCCACCGUGUUGCCAAGCAGAAGGGCCAGCCACUCCAGUACGGUUAAUACGAUACUCCCAUGGCUCUCACCUGCUCUAUAUUGGUUCAGUAUCCUGUCUGCUUAUUACUCCUAAACGUCUAUUGAUGCCACUGUAGGUUUAGGAUGGGGAACAGUCAUUACCUCUUUGAAUGGGCCUAGUAGUCAUUUUACUCAGAUUUCACGGACAUUUCUUGGGUAGACUGCAGCUGCUGUGCUGUGGAAUAGUCGUCAGAGAGACUAUUCAAAUGUUUUUAUGCCUUUUUAUGCCUAGCUCAUUUUAAGCUCGAAUUGCUACGCAAUUGUGUAAAGCUGAAGUAUAUUGGAUAAUUUAAAACAUAUAUAAUUUUCCAACAUCCGACAGUUCCAACAUUCUCUUAGUAUGAUUCAGAAAAAAAGUUAUUCUCAGAGACAUGCCAUGUUACUUGCAGAAGUUAUAGAACAGGUCUAGCAACAUAUCCAUCCAUUAACAACAGGAUAGUUAGUGUUCACAUGUGUUCUCUAUGUGAGUGCUAUUGUCAACAUUUUCUAAACUUUAUAAUAUGUGUCUGAUACAUAUGAAUUACCUUGGUUUCUGUAUUGAAAUAAUGAUUUUUAGAAUGUGUUUCACAGAUUGACCAAUGAACAUUUGAACACUCUCCUAGCAUGUGAUGAAACAAUCUCACCUUAUAGGGCCAUUAGUGAUUGAUGAACUCAUUCCUGUUAAAACUGGGUUAUUAGGCCAUUACCUUAUCCUCAACUAUUUCAUAUCAAAUUUAAAUUUCAUAUCAAAUUUACAUCUUAUCUUCCCUUGCGUCGUCAAUCCCACAACUAUAGCAGGCUUUUUGACAGGCAGGCUUAAACCACAUACCUGAGUUAAGGUGGAGAAGAACAGGCUAGCAAGGCGUGCUCAGGUGUGCCAUCAGGCUGGCUUUCCUGUCAGUCGUCAGUUGUGCACGUGGAGUAGUGUGUGUGUGUGUGUGUAUGUGUGAGAGAGAGAGAAAGAGAGAGAGAAAGAGAGAGCUGUGCUGUGCUGUGGAUUCCCCCAACUAACCUAAUCCCCAGGGUGCUGACCUACACCACACCUCCGCAGUGACCCCUCAGUGCAGGGAUGGCGCCGCGGCCAUGAGGUGGAUGGACCCGAUGGCCUUGCUCGGCCGGCGAUGGGGGAGACGGCGGCAGGAGCAGGACAGCACCGUACGGACGCUGGUGUCCAACCUGCCCUACGAGGACCUGAAGAAGAAAGAGCAGCCCAAUCGGCAGUACAAAGGCAACGCCGUCAAGACCACCAAGUACACCCUGUGGUCGUUCGUCCCCAAGAACCUCUACGAGCAGUUCCACCGCGUGGCCAACAUCUACUUCGUGGGCCUGGCCGUGCUCAACUUCGUGCCGGUGGUGAACGCCUUCCAGCCGGAGGUGGCCCUCAUCCCUAUCUGUGUCAUCUUGGCACUCACCGCCAUCAAGGACGGCUGGGAGGACUUCAGGAGGUACCAGACUGACCAGAAGCUCAACAAUCUGCCAUGCUCCGUCUACAGCAGGAGAGAGAUGGGCUUCAUGGAGCGCCGCUGGAAGGACAUGCGGGUGGGUGACUUUGUCAAGGUGGUCUCCAACGAGACCAUCCCCGCUGACAUCCUCCUCCUCCACACGUCCGACCCCAACGGCGUGUGUCUGAUGGAGACAUCCAACCUGGACGGGGAGACCAACCUGAAGCAGCGGAAAGUGGUGCCAGGCUUCCCAGCGCCGGAUUCUCCUUUUAAGCCUGCUGGCUUCAAAAGCACAGUAGUCUGUGAGAAACCAAACAAUGACCUCAAUCAUUUCAGUGGUUACAUAGAGAAGCCUGAUAAGAAGAAACUGGGCUUUGGAAUUGAUAGUCUUUUAUUACGUGGAUGCACUAUACGCAAUACAGACGAGGCUACGGGGAUUGUGGUCUAUGCAGGCCACGAGACCAAGUCGAUGCUCAACAACAGCGGCGCCAGGAACAAGCGGAGCAAGCUGGAGCGGAAGCUGAACUCUGACGUGCUGUACUGCGUGCUGCUGCUAUUCACCCUGUGUCUCGUCGGAGCCCUCGGUCAUACUAUCUGGCUGGAGUCGUUCUCCAGUGUUCCUCCGUACUUGGUUCCUGACAGUGACGGCCAUUUCAUCCCCUCCACCGUGGCAGGCUUCUACAUGUUCUUCACCAUGAUCAUUCUGCUGCAGGUACUGAUCCCCAUCUCACUGUAUGUGUCCAUUGAGCUGGUGAAGAUGGGCCAGGUGUUCUUCAUCUCGCAUGACGUCGACCUGUACGACCAGGAGACAGACACCCGUGUCCAGUGCCAGACGCUCAACAUCACAGAGGACCUGGGUCAGAUCCAGUACGUCUUCUCCGACAAGACCGGCACACUGACCGAGAACAAGAUGGUGUUCCGCCGCUGCACCAUCAUGGCCACUGAGUACUCACACAGUGAGAACGCUGCCCGGCUGGCCGUCCUCAGCGAGACGGAGGCGACAGGCGACGAGGUGACCCUGUUCCAGCAGCGGCAGAAGCAGCCCUCGCUCUUCGCCGAGGAGGAGGAGGAGGAGGAGAAGGGCUCCGGGGAGGGCCGCCCAGAGGCCACCAGACGCUCUCAUGGCGCCAAGGCGGAUGUUGGCAGCAACCAGAGGUCGAAGGUCAACGCGGCGGGGGCUCACGGAGACCUGGCCUUCAGCAGCCCCCUGGAGACGGUGGUGGUCCCAGACAGCAAGCUCCAGCAGGAGGUCCUGGAGGCUGAGCGCCAGUGGGAGGAAGGGCCCCUCAACCAGGGCCCACACCUGGCGCCCACACCUGGCCCUCACCUGGCGCCCACACCUGGCCCUCACCUGGCGCCCACACCUGGCCCCGAGUGGAGCCCACACCUGGACUUCCUUGUGGCCCUCGCCAUCUGCAACACGGUUCUGGUUUCCACAGCAACAGCCCAGAGACAGAGGGUCAUCAAAGGGCGUCACAAUUCCUGCGCACCUCAGACUCUUGGGGGGCGUCUGCGUGGCUUGCUGAAGAAGAUGCGGUCCCCACGGAGCAUGUUUAAAGUGUUCACUGGCAAACAGGAGCCCCUGGCAGACCCUUUCGCCGCAGACGAGGAGCCCCCCGACAUUUUGCACACGCCCGAUGUCUGCACCACUACCCCCGAGGGAGGGAGCCCCAAAACACAGCCCGAGGUGACCCCCCAUCAGGCCCAGAGACAGAGGCCCGAGCCGGGGCCAGCGUCACCCGACACCGUGUGCUACGAGUCCCAGAGCCCCGACGAGGCAGCCCUGGUGCACGCGGCGAGGGCCUACGGCUUCACCCUCCUGGAGCGUACGCCGGACCGCGUGACCGUCCGCCUGCCCCGCGGCGCCCUUCUCACCUACGAGGUGAUCGACAUCCUGACUUUCGACUCCACCCGAAAGCGUAUGUCGGUGCUGGUGCGUCACCCGCGCACACGCGAGAUCCUCCUCUACACCAAAGGAGCCGACUCCGCUGUCAUGGAGCUGCUGGGCGAGCCUGCUGGCGAGAGCGUGUCUCAGCGUGAGCUCAGGAAGCGUGUCUGCAGUAGCACACAGAGACAUCUGGACAUGUAUGCCCGAGAUGGGCUGCGCACUCUGUGCUUUGCCAAAAAGGUUGUAAGUCAGAAGGAGUACGAAGACUGGUCAUUGGUAAGACAGCAAGCGAUAUCAGCCAUCGAGAACAGAGAGGAGCUUCUUAUGGACACUGCUGUGCAGCUGGAGACGAGCCUAACUCUGAUAGGAGCCACAGGAAUUGAAGAUCGUCUCCAGGAGAAUGUUCCAGAAACCAUCGAAGCCCUGCGGGAGGCUGGCAUGCAGGUCUGGGUGCUGACCGGGGACAAGCCCGAGACAGCCGUCAACAUCGCCUACUCCUGCAAGCUGCUGGACCACAGAGACCUGGUGUUCACUCUCAACACAGACAACAAGGCCGUGUGCAGGUCCACCCUGGAGUGCACACUGGAGGAGGUGAGGAGGUGGGCCGGGCCGGACUGCAGGGGCUUUGCUGAGACUUUCGGGGGCCAGGGGUCCAUGGGCCUGGGCGAUGACCCCACCAUUGGCCUGAUGAUUGACGGACGGACGCUUGGCAUGGUGCUUGAGGAGGAGGACCUGAGGUCAAAGUUUGUGGAGUUGUGCCGCUGCUGCCGCUCGGUGCUUUGUUGCCGGGUGACGCCCCUGCAGAAGAGCACCGUGGUCAAGCUGGUGCGCGACAAGCUUCAGGUCAUGACCCUUGCCAUCGGUGACGGAGCGAAUGAUGUGAACAUGAUCCAGGCUGCUGACGUUGGUAUCGGAAUAUCUGGUCAAGAGGGGAUGCAGGCUGUCAUGGCCAGCGACUUUGCGAUUUCUCGCUUCAAACACUUGAGGAAGCUACUUCUGGUUCAUGGGCACUGGUGCUAUUCCAGACUGUCAAACAUGGUCAUCUACUUCUUCUACAAGAACUUGGCGUACGUGGCCCUGCUGUUCUGGUACCAGUUCUACUGCGGGUUCUCUGGCACGGCCAUGAUCGACUACUGGCUCAUGAUCUUUUUCAACCUCUUCUUCACCUCUGUGCCCCCAAUCAUGCACGGCAUCAUGGACCAAGACGUCUCCGCGACAACCUUGCUCUCCAUCCCUGAGCUGUACAAGAUUGGUCAGCACUCUGCGGGGUACAGACGCUCCGCCUUUUGGAUCGGCAUGUUGGAUGCCUUUUAUCAGAGCCUGGUCUGCUUCUUCAUCCCAUAUUUGACCUACCAGGGCUCUGACAUCGACAUCUUCGCAUUCGGAAACCCAAUAAAUACAGUGUCUCUGUUUACUAUAAUCCUUCAUCUAGCCAUAGAGAUAAAUGCAUGGACGGUGGUGCACUGGGUAGUGAUGGUGGGCAGUGUGCUGCUGUACUUUGGCGUGACGCUGGCCUACAGUGCCAUCUGCGUGACCUGCAACCCUCCGUCCAACCCCUACUGGAUCAUGCAGCAGCAAAUGGCCGACCCCAUGUUCUACCUCACGUGCCUCAUCACCAUCGUCGUGGCUCUGCUGCCCAAGUACAUAGUGCAGGUUCUAAGGGGAACGCUGGCGCCCUCCCCUCUGUUGUUCGCUCGGCAGCUGGACCGCAUGCCCCCCUCCCUGGAGGAGCCAAUCCCGAUCAACGCCUCGGCAGCCCCGAACGACCCUCGUUUCACCCUCUCCAGCCUCUCCUCGCCCUCACCCCCACCCUCACCCACACUGGCAUAGCCCCACCACACCCCAGCCCCAUCGGCACCCAGCUUCUCCAAAAAAACUGUGACAGGACUGGGCAUCAGCCGUCAGGAAGAGGGGCGCCAUCCCGGAGGACAUCUCUCUGGGGUGUGGGAGAGCCCCAGGGGGACACGGAGAAGAAGUGAAAGAACGGGAGAGGAAACACGCUGAGCGUUAUUUUUGUAUGACUUCAUUUUUGUUGUUGUUGUCUGGUAAAUAUAGAAUUGCUUUUAAUGUUUUGUACACAGGGAAAGAUGCUUUUGAAGGAUGUCUGAGCUACACUGCACAUACCACCAGCGACAACUACAAAUACGGCUUUUUUUUUUUUUUUUUUUCUUUGGACAAGGAGGCAAAAAAUAUUUAUGUAAAGAUUAAUUUAAUUCCUGUGCCUUGUGCCAGUUUGCUGCAGCUGACACUCCAUUUUAAAUGGAGUAUCCUGUUGUAUAUGUUUUAAUGUUAUAGUCUUCCCGGAUAAAAGCAUUACAGGAAACCUGUUACUUCCUUAAGGCUUUUUCAGAAGCCACCAGUAGCUUUCAAAGCACUGAAAAAAACAGAUCUGUCUCCAUUGAUCGAUUCAACUCAUUGCUGACACAUAAGAAAAACUUGAACAGGAAAUGCUUGGCAGAGGCAUUAGCCAUAUCCAUCUUCCUCACUUACAGAGCUCCUUCUCUUCCCUCGGCAACAUGCAGAGCCAAUUUGUAUUCACUGGGGCUCCAAGCAGCUCAGGAAAUAAUUGCGGUUUGCAGAUGUUACGUAAUGUUCUGGUAUUUUUGGUUCAUGUAUCCAUAUUGAGAGCAUGUUGCGCGGGAUGGUGACAGACCAUCAACCCCCUUCAAAUAAUAAUAAUAAUAAUAAUAAAAUAAAAUAAACACCCAGGUUUCAGGUUUCUUCCAGUUAGGAUGUGCGCGCCUGUGUGGUGUGUGUUUUGUUGUGGGGUCGGAUGGAUUAAUUCUGCUCUGCGUUACAUUUUUAAUUGUUAGACGUACAGAUGUGCCGAGUGUGAAAUUCCACGGCCAGGCAUGAAAGAUCAUCCUCCCCUGCAUCAGAAUGCUUAAUUGUCCCGCUGACGUUGCUCUGACGCGCUUCGCACUCAAGUGCGGGAGGUCUAUGAUGAGCGCGCGGGUUUUCUUGCAGCCAAAAGGAACGGUGUUGGUGAUGGAUUGGGAAAAGGCUCACCUUUUACGAUUCGGCCUCGCAGAAUGUAAUUGAAGUGUCCUCUGUAGCUCUGACUCUUAAUAAAAGGAGCGAGGAGGCUACACUCUCACUCUUGAGCUGAUUCUAUUUGCAGAACUCAUUGCAUUUUUACGUAAUGAUGUCACUCAGUGGAGUGAUAGAGCGCCAUUGCCAUCUACUGUGUACUGCUAGUACUGCAAGCGAUUAACGAAAUAAAACGUCCCUGUAGGGGCACAAAGUGAACACAAACCCA